AUGUACACAGCCUCGUCGGCCUUUUUUGAGGCGCUGUGGGAAGCCGGCGUCACUCACUGCUUUGUAAAUCUGGGAUCUGACCACCCGAGUAUCAUCGAGGCGAUGGUCAAGGGUGCUCGGGAGCGCAAAGGAAACUUCCCCAAGAUGAUUACUUGUCCCAACGAGAUGGUCGCCAUGUCCAUGGCAGAUGGCUAUGCCCGCCUAACCGGCAAGCCUCAGGCCGUCAUUGUCCACGUUGACGUCGGCACUCAAGGCCUUGGAGCGGCCGUUCACAACUCAGCCUGUGGCCGAGCACCAGUUCUCGUCUUUGCCGGCUUAUCGCCAUUCACCCUCGAGGGCGAACACCGCGGUACCCGUACCGAGUACAUCCACUGGAUCCAGGAUGUUCCCGACCAGAAGCAGAUUGUUGCCCAGUACUGCCGGUACACGGGUGAGAUCAAAACAGGCAGAAACGUCAAGCAGCUGGUCAACCGCGCGCUGCAAUGGGCUAAAUCGGGACCGCAAGGCCCGGUGUAUUUGUACGGUGCACGAGAAGUCAUGGAACAAGAGAUUGAGCCGUACCAGCUGAGACAGAGCGAUUGGAACCCUAUAAAGCUGGGCAGCCUGCCCCAAGACGCCGUUGAUAACAUUGCAGAUGCCCUUGCCGGUGCUAAACGGCCUUUGGUUCUCACAGGAUAUGGAGGCAGAAACCACGAAUUCCCGGGAGCCUUGGUCAAACUCGCCGAUACAGUUCCCAACCUGAGAGUAGUGGACUGCGGAGGCAGCGACAUGUGUUUCCCCUUUGACCAUCCUGCUUCUCUCGGUCUCAACUAUGGCGGCGAAAAGUCCAUUCCCGAUGCCGAUGUUAUUCUUGUUCUGGACGCCGACGUGCCGUGGAUCCCUGCCCAUAUCAAGCCCAACCCAGACGCCAGGGUAUUCCACAUCGACCUCGAUCCACUAAAGCAGCAGAUGCCCGUCUUUUACAUUGAGUCUGAGGCAACCUAUCGCGCUGAUACCCAGACCGCGAUUGAGCAGCUGACCGAGGCUCUCAAGACUGGUGAAACGGCAAAGAAGCUGCAAGCUCAGAACACGACACAAAUCGCCGAGCAGCGCAAACAAGAGCACGAAACGCGUCUUGCCAAAAUUGCAAAGGCCGCCGAGCCUCGUCCCGAUGGUACCUUUGGAACUGGUUACUUGUGCCGGACCAUCAAGAAACUCGUGCCGGAGGACACUCUGUUUGCCAUUGAGGCCGUGACCAACACCCUCUUUGUCUACGACAACAUCCAGCCCUCAGUCCCUGGAACGUGGAUCAACUGCGGUGGUGGCGGCCUGGGCUGGUCUGGCGGCGGUGCACUGGGCAUGAAGCUGGCUACCGAUGUAGAGCAUGGGGGCAAGAACAAGGGCAAGUUUGUCGUGCAGAUUGUCGGUGAUGGCACGUUUCUCUUUACUGUGCCAGGCAGCGUCUACUGGAUCUCAAAACGCUACGACAUUCCCGUCCUGACUAUUGUGCUCAACAACAAGGGCUGGAACGCUCCCAGACGAUCUCUGCUGCUGGUCCACCCCGAAGGACUGGGCUCCAAGGCGACCAACGAAGAGAUCAAUAUCUCGUUUGAUCCCGCACCCGACUACUCCGGUAUCGCCAAGGCAGCUGCGGAUGGCGACAUUUUCGCCGCCAGAGUGAAUGAGCUGGCUGAUCUGGAGGGCGUGCUGAAGGAGGCCAUUACCUAUGUCGAGAACGGCCAGUCAGCGGUGGUGGAUAUCAAGGUUGCGUCAGGGUGUUAG